AUGCCUCGCGGGCCCGCCAAGCACGAGAGCAUGCAAGAUGCAGAAUACGUGCCCGACGCGUCGCUGGCCUUGACAGCAGCUCCCGGCGCUGCCCACGGGCUCGGCGGGGCAGACACGCCCGCGACGCAGCACAUCACCAUCAAGAACCACUUUCCCGUCGCGCGCAUCAAGCGCAUCAUGCAGGCCGACGAUGACGUCGGAAAGGUCGCCCAGGUCACCCCCGUCGUCGUGUCCAAAGCCCUCGAGCUCUUCAUGAUCUCGCUCGUCACAAAGGCCGCCGCCGAGGCCAAGGCGCGCAACUCGAAGCGCGUCGGCUCCAUCCACCUCAAGCAGGCCAUCACCAAGACGGACCGCUUCGACUUCCUCAACGAGAUUGUCUCCAAGGUCGCCGACGCCCCGGAGAAGAGCGACGCCGACAGCAUGGACGUCGACGGCAAGAAGAAGAAGAAGACGUCGACGCGGAAGAAGAAAAAGGCCGACAGCGACGACGACUUUUGA